CCUCUUAGUUAUUGACGAAGAAGAGGAUAGGAUAAGAGGACCCGCGCUAUGGCGGCCACCUUAACGGCGGUGGCGGCGGCGGGCCAAAUGCGGUGGCCACCAUCAUCACCAUCACAUUCGCCGACUAUUGCUGGCAGGUUGGUCCAGGUGGAUAUCUCCGCUGCUCGUCGUCCAGUUUGCGCACAAGCGACCAAAGCACCACCCGGCGGCAUUGCUCAAGGCCUCGGACAGCAGCCCGGCCACCAAGAAUCUCACCACUACGUGGGAACAUGUGAAACUCAUACGCUACCUUUCGUUCUCUCUUUGGACGAUGCCUUGACGGCGCUCAAAUCUUUUGUGUGCCAGCUUCGUCCUCCAGUCCUCGGCCAAGGCAUUCUCCGGGUCCAGGUUCCGCUUCCUCCCAACGUCAAGGCGUUGCAUUGGCUGCAAUGUCAACCCGAGUGCAGCCUUUUGCUACCUCGGAUGUAUUUCUCGCCCAGGAGCAACACACCACCCCACGCAGGUGGCAGCAGCAUCCAAGUGACUGUGGCCGGCGUUGGAUCCGCUGCAAGCUUCCGGGGAGACGAGCCCUUCUCUAAAAAACACUGGAAUUCAAUCAACAGAUUCCUCUCCGAGGACUCGCCUCUCAUUCGCGCAUAUGGUGCCAUUCGCUUCAACCCCGAAGUUGAAGCCUCGGAGGAGUGGCAAGCUUUCGGCACCUUCUACUUUUUCAUACCUCAGAUCGAACUGUGCGAAACUGGAAACUACUCUCUGCUUGCAGCAAAUCUCUCCUGGGGGGACGUUGCAUACGAAAAGGCCGCAGAAACGCUGCUGACGGCAUUAAGCAGUGUCUCUGUGCAGGUCAGCGCUUCUCUGAACAAACUCCACCUCAGUAAUGUCGUGAAAACACACAAGCCCGACGAGCGCUGUUGGCACGCAAAAGUCAAUACUGUCCUUCGAGAGCUCGAAACAAAGAGUGAAACAAUGAAAAAGGUCGUAAUGGCACGUCAAACGAGGCUAGAAAUCGACGGAGAAGUUCCUCCACUCACUCUCCUGGCGUCCUUGCAGGACCAAAAUCCUUCAGCAUACCAGUUUUGUUUGCAACUACCAGAUGGGAGUGCAUUCAUUGGAAACACGCCCGAACAGCUUUUUGCAAGACAUGGCUUGUCUGUUACGAGUGAAGCGGUGGCUGCAACUCGGCCCCGUGGGGAAACAAGCGUGGAGGACAACCAGAUAGGACUUGAACUUCUCCAAAGCUGCAAAGACCACAUAGAGUUCCAAAUCGUGCAAGAGGCUGUGCAAUCUGCUAUGCUGAGCGUUUGCAACGACGUCAAGUUGGCAUUUGUAAAAGGAAUAAUCAAGCAGCCAAGGAUCCAACAUCUAUGCACGCGAUUUCUUGGCGUGCUCAACAACAAACGUGACGAAUACGAUCUACUAGCCGCGUUGCAUCCUACACCUGCAGUCUGUGGCCAUCCUUCGGGUGCUGCCAAAGAUGUUAUAGCAUGCACGGAGAAGUUCGACAGAGGCAUGUAUGCAGGACCAGUGGGGUGGUUUGGUGGUCAGGGUGCUGAAUUUGCCGUGGGCAUAAGGUCGGCAUUGGUCAGAAAGCUUAAAGGAAAAGCUGGUUGCGGAAUGAAUGCUGCCUACAAUGACAGUGAGCGAAAGGAUAUGUUCCUCUACGCUGGUGUCGGCAUUGUAGAAGGAUCCAAUUCUUCGUCUGAAUGGCAUGAGCUAGAGCUGAAAACAAGCCAGUUUGAAGCGCUGCUCCAACCGAGCAAGCAACUCAAAGAUGCGGCAAACAUCAACAUGGUCUGGGCCCGGCUCCUAGUCGACGAGUGCUGCAGGCUGGGCGUGACAUACUUCUGUGUUGCUCCAGGCUCGCGAUCAUCCCCACUUGCAGAAGCUGCGGCUGCAAAUCCGCGAGUAACCUGUAUAUCAUGUGUCGACGAGAGGUCGUUAGGAUUCUACGCACUUGGAUAUGGUCGAGGUGCGAGGAGGCCUGCAGCCGUCGUCAUCACCUCUGGGACAGCAAUGUCCAACCUCCUCCCAGCUGUGGUUGAAGCCAGUCAAGACUGUGUUCCACUGCUGAUACUGUCCGCUGACCGUCCACACGAACUGAGAGAUGUGGGAGCAAAUCAGAGCAUCAACCAAGUCAAACACUUUGGAAGUUUUGUUCGGUUUGAUUUUGAUCUUCCUCCAGCAACCGAUGAAGUUCCAGCAAGGAUGGUUCUCACGACUUUAGACACGGCCAUAUUCCGUGCAACCACGGACCCGUACGGCCCAGUCCACGUCAACUGUCCAUUCAGAGAGCCCUUGGAAGCUGUACGUACGGAGUGGGAUCUGGAGUGCCUGGAGGGCCUUAGUCAGUGGAUGGCAAGCGCUUCUCCUUUCACAACAUACAUCCCCAGCAGCACAAGCAGUCUGUUGGAUGGCACUGCCACUUUGUAUACAAGCAGCCAGAUGAAGGAGGUGUCAAGCCUGAUUGCCAGUGCCAGCCGCGGGGUGAUUGUGGCUGGCGGGCUUAACCAGUCACAAACAACGUGGGCAGUUUUCAAGCUUGCCAAACAUCUCAGGUGGCCGCUCGUUCCUGACGUCCUUUCAGGCCUCAGAUUGGCUUCGAAAGAGGAGGACAUGGACGUCAAGAUAAUCCACAACCUGGAUCAUGUCUUGCUUAACCCGAGCCUGCAUCCAUCCGUGGCACCCGACAUCAUCCUGCAGAUUGGCAGCCGGAUCACUAGCAAACGUCUGUCGCAGUUUCUACAGGAGUGCUCUCCACGUGCUUAUAUUCUGGUGGAGGAGCAUCCCUACCGUCAUGAUCCUGGCCACAGGUUGACCCACAGAAUAAAGUCGUCGGCUGGCGAAUUCGCGCGAUUUGUUAUGAAAGAGCUGACGGAGCCGGAGUUUCCCGAGCGAUGUCAUUCGUAUGGCAUGUGGCUGCACGUCCUGUCUGAUACGGUCCGGCGCGAGAUUCUUUUCCAACUCCAAGCGGAAGCGACUCUAACGGAACCAUGUAUCGCCCGAAUUGUCUCGUCCAGCAUUACUACCGAGUCGGCAGUGUUCCUCGGCAACAGUAUGCCGAUUCGUGACGUGGACAUGUAUGCGGAUGGUCUCACGGACCAGCAAUCUCUCCUGGGCGACCAGAACCUGCCGGCGAUGGUAAGCAUUGGUGCAAACAGGGGAGCAAGUGGAAUUGAUGGCGUUAUAAGCACGGCAGUGGGCUUUGCAGCCGGUAGCAACAAGAGGGUCACUCUGCUAAUAGGCGAUCUUUCCUUUCUACACGACACCAAUGGAUUGAUGUUCUUGACGGGGAGGGAAGCACAGCCUCCAGUGACUCUGGUUGUGGUAAACAACCGUGGUGGAGGUAUUUUCAGUCUGCUGCCUGCAGCUGGCCUCAUGCCAGCGGUCACCUUCCGCAACCUCAUCUCUAGUGAGCACGACGUUCACCUGGAUAAGCUCUGUCAUGCGCACAGGAUAAACCACAUACUUGUUCAGUCCAAGGCGGAGCUUGUGAGGGCUUUACAAGAUUCACGUACAAGCACUUCAAGCUGGGUGAUCGAAGUAGCAAGCAACAUACAGAAGAAUGCCAACUUCCACAGGUUUUUGCAACAAGCAAUUCAUUGUCACUUGGACCGGGUUUUACCAGUUCUUUCAAGGCAUGUAUCUGCUGACAAGAAAAUCAUAGUCGCAGUAGAGACUUCCCCAUACAGUUUUCCCCUGACCUCCCGUCUCACCACCGGAGCUGCAGAGUUCUACAGGCAAGGCUUUCUCCUCCGACUCGUCCUUAACAAUGGUUUCUCGGGAUAUGGCGAGGUUGCACCCCUGCCUGGUGUCCACGAGGAGGAUCUUUUGGAUGUGGAGAUGCAGCUUUCCAUAUUGUGUGGGAAGCUAACAGGGGUCGAGCUUCCCGAAAAUGUGGCUCUUCUCGACGGAAGCUUCUCUCAGUGGCUGCGCACAAACUUGGGUCCACAGGCCGAGACAAUUUUUCCAAGUGUUCGAUGUGGUCUGGAGAUGGCGGCGCUUGAAGCUUUGGCAGCAUCUCACAAUUGCAGUCUCUUGAGCGUUUGCAACGGCCGUCCAAGUGACGUAUCUAUUUGUGGACUGAUUGACAUGUCGGAAGGAACCCCAGAUGAUGUAGCUUCCGUCGCCGAACAGCUUGUUCACGAGGGAUUUACCACUUUAAAGAUGAAAGUUGCGAGGCGGGCGCUCCCCACACAAGAUGCUGCUGUCGUGGUUGCGGUUAGACAAAGAGUUGGCCGCAGCAUUCAUCUCCGAGUUGAUGCAAACAGGCGCUGGACACUGUCGCAAGCUGUGCAGUUUGCGGAGGCUGUGCGAGAGUGUGACAUCCAGUACCUGGAGGAACCGGUGAACAACCAUGCCAGCUUGCCAGCAUUCUUGAAACAGACUCAAGUACGUGUUGCCUUGGACGAAACGAUCGAUUUGAACCCCUCAUGCUUUGAAAAAGUACUGGAAAGCGCACCUUUGGGCAAUAUAGUUGCUGCGGUGAUCAAACCGGGACGGUUGGGAGGCUUUGAGAAUGCUUAUAUGCUAUGUCGGCUAUCGCUGAACCACAAUAUAAGGCCGGUCAUCAGCGCUUGCUUCGAGAGCUCUCUUUCUCUCGCAGCUUACGCACAGUUUGCAGCCUUCGUUGAUGGCCAAAGUCCGCUGCCGUCAGUGGCACACGGCCUUGGAACAUAUGCCUGGAUCGAACGCGACGCGGUCGGGAGAAGUUUCUCUUCGAUUGUAAACAAGGGAAUAGUUUCCGCAGGCGCUGUGAACGCCGUGGCUUCAACACUGUUGCAGUUCAACCCACCCAAGCCUCGUGCCAGAAGCUUCACGUCAACAGUUGCCCUUGGAGGUUAUUGCUUCACGUUCCGCGUUGUGGAGGUGGCCAGUAUGCUCCAGGAAAAGCAAACUGUGGUAUUCCUGCAUGGUUUCCUUGGAAGUGCCGAAGACUGGUUGCCUGUAAUGCAUUCGCUCGCGUCCUCGUUUCGGUGCCUUGCUGUGGAUCUUCCUGGACACGGGAGGGCUUCCUCAGUAACAGGGAAUUUGGAGGCGGAAUGGGGGUUAGACGUUUUAUCAGCGGCGCUAUCCGAGCUUCUGGAGCAGCUAAGUGAAGGCAGUGAAAUUGUCUUGGCUGGAUAUUCAAUGGGAGCCAGAAUAGCUCUAUAUAUGGCUCUGCACAAACAUCAAAAGAUCAGAGCAGCUGUAAUCGUAUCUGGUAGCCCCGGGUUACGAGACAAGCAAGCCAGGAUCAUUCGAGCCACGCAAGAUGAUAGUUUGGCCCUUUCGUUGCGCCUAGGUGGACUGGAUAAUUUCGUUGUCAAUUGGUACAAACGGCCUCUGUGGAAGAGCCUAAGGCGUCAUCCCGACUUUAAAAACUUGAUAGCAAGUAGACUUGCGAUGCAUAAGGGAAAUGAAGUGGCCUUAGCUGGGGCAUUAUCGCAACUAAGUGUUGGACGUCAACCCUGCCUAUGGGAGCAAUUGCACACAGCAAGCAUACCAUUACUGGUGGUGGUGGGCAAGGCAGACGAAAAGUUCGUGAGCAUUGCCAGCGAGAUGGUGUAUGCCUUCAAAACGUUUGAUAAGGGGAGCGCUUUGAAAGUAGUUCGAAUUGAUGGUAGUGGCCAUUGUGUACCCAUUGAAAGCCCAUUGCUGCUUGUUCAAGCUCUACACAGUUUUAUGCUUGGAGUUGGAUUGAAUUGAGUAUUGCAAUGCUAUUUAUGCCGAAGAAGUUGCAAGAACUUUCAUUA